AAUUAAUGAGCAAUCAAUAGCUUUAAAAGUUGAUAAACAACACUUUCAUAACUAAAAAGAGAGUUUCUGCUGGAUCUUUUGGUGUAGUAUACUGUGGUCAAGACAUAAAUACCCGGGCAUUAGUAGCCAUAAAGAUUGAGAAGGGUAAUAAGGAAGACUCAAGUUUAGAACGAGAGGUAAUUUAAAUAUCAUGAAACAUCAAGGCUGAAAUACUAAAAAGGUUGUAAAAGGUACCUUAGAUUCCAAAGUUACAUUGGGCAGGAAAAGAAGGAGAUUCAAAUGUGCUUGUUAUAUAAUAUUUGGGAAGGGAUUUGACACAUUACAUGAAAACAUUUCGCAAAUUUUCGCUUCGCUGUGUACUCAAUAUAGCUGAGCAAAUGAUCAACAUCAUAGAAAAUAUUCACAAAAAGUAAGAAAAUGAUAAAUCAAAUUUAGCAAAGUGUUGCAUCGUGAUAUUAAACCUGAAAAUGUUUUAGUGGGAAAAGAGGAAGAAGAGAAUCUACUAUAUAUAGUGGACUUUGGAAUUAGCAAGUUUUAUAAGGAUGAAAAUGAUUCACACAUGUAAAAUAGAUCAGUAUAAUUUAGUUCAUAUAGAGAGAACUAACCAUUUAUUGGAACUACAAGAUAUGCCAGCAUUAAUGCUCAUAAAGGCACAUCUUUAAGUAGGAGAGAUGAUCUAGAAUCAUUAGGCUAUAUGCUCAUCUUUUUAUUAAAGGGUAAAAUGUACCUAUUUGAUAUUAUUAAGGUUAAUUACCCUGGUAAAAUUUACAAUUCACAGAUGAGGAAGAUAAAAUGCGUUAAGUUGGCUAAAUGAAGAUGAAGAUGGAAAUGAAUGAACUUUGUAAAGGAAUUCCUAUAGAAUUCGGAAGAUUUCUAGAAUACAUUAAAGGGUUACCAUUCAAAGCUGAACCCAAUUACAAGCAUUGUCAGUCCCUCUUUAAGAAAGUAUGCUAAGAACACAACUAUACAUAAAAAGAUUUAGUUUUUGAUUGGGAAACAGGUCCUAAAUCAGAUAGGAAUGAUGAUAAGAGAAAACAAACCAUUGAAGGUCAUUUACCUAGUAGUUAAAAUAGCAAUUUAGUUAAUAAUAAACCCUCAUUGUAAUUAAAAUAGAUUUAUUUUCUCUUAGAUUUAAGAAAUCAAAAGAUGACAUUUCAUCCAAUAACAUUGGAGGCUCACUUCUCAAUUACUCUCUUGAAUAAGUGGAGAUGAAUUCGCUACUCAAGACUCCAGAAUAAAGAAAAUCCAAUUUAACACCAGACAUUAAUAGAAGAAAAAAUAGAAUGCAAUCGGUGAGUAGUUACAAUGAUUCUCAUUCUGAAUUGGAGAACAAUGGAAGUGUGAUGCUAGGAAUUUAACCAAGUAUGUUGAGUAGAUUAAGCAAACUAUCAUUUAAUUCAAACUCUCGAGCACGUGAUAGCAAGCAGAACCUUACAUUGACUCCAGAUUAGAAGAGACCACAUAUGCAAGAAAAAAAGCUAACAAUUACUCCUAAUUCUUAUAUGGAAUAGAUUACUGGUCAAAAAAAGAAAUCAAUAAAUAAAAAUUCUAAUUCAUAGUAAUAACUGUCGUACAAAAAGGAAGAAGUUGAGGAAACCAUUAGAGAUUUCUCUAAAAUGAAUGAAUCAGAAGAAGGAAUCGAAAAUAAAUAUAUGGUUCUUAAAUAAGCAGCAGUAAAUGCGUAUGUAAAUUUUAUAAUUGAUAAUGUAGACGCUUCAAAAAAUCAAUUAAUGGGUAAACCAAUAAAAUGUAUAAGUAGUUUUGA